AUGGCUUUUGUUUCGCAUUCAAAGAAAGCUUAUGAUUUUAGAAUUGAUAUUAUAUCUGCUCCUUGUAAUUUGAAGUUAAAAUCUGUAUCUGAUGGAUUCUUUGAAAACUUUGAAACAGGUAACUUGGAAUGCAAGAUAACCAGUUAUGAAGAAUCAUGUUCAAAAAUGCAGAAGACAAUCUUGUUAAGCAGCAAGUUUACAAAGUUCUUGAAAAAGACGAAUAAUCAAGAUCAUUCUGUUGAUGCCAAGAAUAAAGAAGAACUGAUCAUGAUGGCGAAAUCCAGAGUAGUCAAACCCGAUUUAGAACAACAUUUCAGAAGUCCUACAUGGUAUCUUGACAACGAGUGUUCGAGACAUAUGACUGAAGAUCCUAAAAAAUUCUCAGAAAUCUCAUAUAAAGUCGUUGAUCAUGUCACAUAUGCUAAAAAUGAUGCACUUAAAUUCUUCAAACGAUUUACUACUGCCACUCAGAAUGAAAUGGAUCUUAAGAUCAAGGCUAUCAAAAGUGACCAUGGAGGAGAAUUUCAAAAUAAGAAUUUUGAUGAAUAUUUGGCUGAAAUGGGAAUCACUCAUAACUUCUCUGCACCCAGAACACCACAGCAAAAUGGAGUGGUGGAAAGGAAAAACAGAGUACUUGAAGAAUUGGCAAGAUCAAUGCUGAAUGAUAGGGAUAUACCAAAAUAUUUCUGGGCUGAUGCGAUCUAUGCUGAAGAAAAUCAAAACACAAUGAAUGAAGAGGUCCCUGAAGAAGCUACUGAGAAAGAAGAUGAGGCAGAGCAAGUCGAAUCCCCUAAAGCUGAGUCGAUUAAAACAUGGAAAGUACCAAGAAAUGUUUCAACUGAAAAUGUGAUUGGUGACAUGUCAAGAGGAGUAUCCACAAGGAGACAACUAAACCAGUACUGCAUGAACGUUGCCUUUGUGUCCAAAAUUGAACCCAAGAAAGUUAAGGAAGCAUUGAGUGAUGAAAAUUGGAUGAUUGCGAUGCAAGAGGAACUGAAUCAGUUCACAAGGAACAAUGUGUGGGAACUGGUACCUCGAAAACCUGAUUUAUAA